GAUGAUGAUGAUCGGAGGUUUAAUUAGGCGAGGCUGUAACAUGAACAUUCAUAAUUCCGCUGGCAUUCAAUCAAUGCAGACGUGAACGAUUCCAGUGAUCAAGUGAUCGACUUAGGCGGCGAUCUCGUGCAAAGUGAACAGUGUCUCAAUCCCACUCAACACCGAUUCCCACAAAAGGUGCCACACAAGAAAAUAGAUACUCAGAGCGUAUAAGUAAUUAAAGUCCAGGAAAACCAUGGCGCAAAGUGAUUCCGGAAGCUGCUGUGCCAAGCUCAAUAAUGAUGGGGGUUGCUGUCAGAAGGCAAAGGAUGUGUCUUCGAAGGACAUAUCGCCAAAAGUAUUUCCCGACAAAAUCUACAAGUCCGUUCAGCCAAAAGGAGAGGAUGCCACGGGCAUGACCUGCGAGUGCGGAGUUUUUGGAGCCAUCGCAUGCGGGGAUUAUCCAACCCAGCUGGACAUAGCACAAAUGAUCUGCCUGGGUCUGGUGGCCCUGCAGCAUCGGGGCCAGGAGUCGGCGGGAAUAGUGACCAGCCUGGGGAAGAGCUCCAAGAACUUCAGCGUGCACAAGGGCAUGGGCAUGAUCAACAAUCUGUUCAACGACGAGGCCAUCCGGAAGUUGAAGGGCAACCUGGGCAUAGGACACACUCGAUACUCCACGGCAGCAGCCUCGGAGGUGGUAAACUGCCAGCCCUUUGUGGUCCACACGGCCCAUGGAGCCCUGGCGAUCGCCCACAAUGGAGAGCUGGUGAACUGCGAGUCCUUGCGGCGGGAGGUCCUGGAGCGAGGAGUGGGCCUGUCCACGCACAGCGACAGCGAGCUGAUUGCCCAGUCCCUGUGCUGUGCUCCCGAGGAUGUGUCCGAGCACGAUGGACCCAACUGGCCGGCCAGGAUUCGCCACUUCAUGACCCUCGCUCCCCUCUCAUACUCCCUGGUGGUGAUGCACAAGGACAAGAUCUACGCCGUGCGAGAUUCCUACGGAAAUCGACCUCUUUGCCUGGGCAAAAUAGUCCCUGUGGACGCAGGACAUGCGAAUAUCAAUGACCAACUGGCCGAAGGUUGGGUGGUCAGCAGCGAGAGUUGUGGCUUCCUCUCCAUUGGCGCACGAUAUGUCCGCGAAGUGGAGCCGGGCGAGAUCAUCGAGCUGUCCAGGAAUGGCUAUAGAACCGUGGAUAUCGUCGAGCGACCGGACUACAAACGCAUGGCAUUCUGCAUCUUUGAGUACGUCUACUUUGCCCGCAGCGAUUCCAUGUUCGAGGGCCAGAUGGUCUACUCAGCCAGGCUGCAGUGUGGCCGCCAGUUGGCCAGGGAGUUCCCCCUGGAUGCGGACUUGGUCAGCUCGGUUCCGGAAUCGGGCACUGCAGCUGCCCACGGUUAUGCCAGGGAGUCGGGACUGCCCUUCGGAGAGGUCCUGUGCAAGAAUCGCUAUGUGGGCCGCACCUUCAUCCAACCCUCGACAAGAUUGCGCCAACUGGGCGUCGCCAAGAAGUUCGGUGCCCUGGCUCAAAACGUGGAAGGCAAGCGGAUCGUCCUGAUAGAUGACUCCAUAGUAAGAGGUAACACCAUUGGACCCAUUAUCAAGCUCCUGCGAGAUGCCGGAGCCACCGAGGUGCACAUUCGCAUUGCCAGCCCACCGCUGCAGUAUCCCUGCUACAUGGGCAUCAAUAUUCCCACUCGGGAGGAGCUCAUAGCCAACAAACUGAACGCGGAUCAGCUGGCCGAUCACGUGGGUGCGGAUAGUCUGGCCUACCUGAGUGUGGAGGGUCUGGUGAAGGCCGUCCAGAUGAACAAGGCCCAUGUGAAUCCCCUGAAAGCUGGCUACUGCACCGCCUGUCUAACGGGCGAGUAUCCUGGCGGGUUGCCCGAGGAGCUCAGCUGGUAGACUCGCAGCUUUCAAUUCUCUCUUAGGAUUAAGGUAGUUCCUAGCUUGAGUGUAUAUAUACGAAUACAUAUUUUAACUUCGGGUCUUUGACCCAGCACAAAA